AUGCCGCCACCUCGGCGACACCGCGCGUUCCCCGCCAUGCUUCCCGUGACAGUCGCCGCGACGUCUCCCGUGCUGCUGUCAACGACAGCGACGCCAACGCCAUCCCGCCCGACGUCGCAGUUGCCGGUGCGGCUGAAAAUCGGCCUGAUCUCACCACCAGAGAAGGCGAAACCGCUGGUAGGGCAGUAG